UCUGUUGCAUCCUCUGGAGCGUUGGGCAGUGUAAUUUGCAGCAGGACUAGCACACUAUGCGCUUUCUCCGCGGACUGCUGCUGCCUCUUGCGGCACUGGCCGGCUUCGCGUGCGCCCGUUCAAGCACCGGUGACUCCGUCCUGGUCCUCCUGGACCCUUCGUUGAAGCGGGACAACUUCUCUAUCUUCUUCGGCGAUCUUGAAAAGCAGGGCUACAAGCUCACCUUCCGCUCGCCCAAGGAAGCUGAGCCUCAAAUCAUCAAGGACGAUGUUGCACAGUUCGCGCAUGUCAUUGUGUUCUCCCCGAACACCAAGAGCUACGGUGCAGACAUCACCCCCCAGUCCCUGGUGACGCUCCUCAACAAAAACACCAACCUCAUCCUCGCGCUGUCUACGAAGCAGACACCUCUUUCCUCUCUUGCUGCGGAGUUCUCCCUCAUCCUUCCUCCCCCGGGCACGCCCCUCAUCUCCCACUUCCCCCAGCGUGACACGCCCGCAACAGUCAUCCCUGUUGAGGCUUCCAGCGCUGAUUCUAUCAUCUCUCCCAACCUCCCCCCGGUGUGGUUCUCCGGCGUGCCGCAGGCCCUCGGGACCAACCCGUUGCUCGUCCCCCUCCUGAAAGCGCCCUCGCAGAGCUUCGCCUCGGACGCGGACAGCGACUCGGGUGCGGAUGUCGUGUUCGAGGCGUCCGAGAAGGGCGGCGAGGGCCUCUGGGCGGGCAAGCAAUUGAGCUUGGUCACCGGCUUCCAGGCGCUCAACAACGCGCGCGCGACUUGGGUCGGCGGCGUCGAGAUGUUCAGCGACGAGUACAUCAACAAGGAGAUUUCGAAGGGCAAGGCGUCCGGUAACAGGCAAUUUGUGCGCGACGUCGCGGCAUGGACUUUCCAAGAGUCGCAAGUGCUGCGCAUCGACAGCGUUGAGCACCAUCGCGUGAACGAGACGCUGCCGCAGGAGGUGUACACCACCAACGACCGUGUCACCUACGAGGCGUACAUCUCCAAGUACAACCCCGAGCUCGACCUCUGGGAGCCGUACUCAGGCGUCAAGGACCUUCAGCUCGAAUUCACGAUGCUCGACCCGCACAUCCGCACCGCGCUCUCGCCCUCCAACGAGCCCGGCAAGUACGCCGUCACAUUCCGCGUCCCCGACCGCCACGGCGUCUUCAAGUUCGUGAUCAACCACAAGCGUAAAGGAUUGACAUACCUCGAGAGCUCGACAGUCGUCCCGGUCGUGCCCCCGCGGCACGACGGGUACCCGCGGUUCCUGAGCGCCGCGUGGCCGUACUACGCGGGCGCGUUCUCGACGAGCGGCGCGUUCGUGCUCUUCGUCGCGCUCUGGCUCGCGGGCGACGAGCGCGAGCCGAAGAAGGGCAAGGGCUCCAAGGCAGAGUAGGGUGCAUGUAUCUUGCUUGCUCUAAUUAUUCGAUCUGUUCUCGC